GUGUUUCCAUUUGAGUCUCCCACCUUAGGCUACGUAACCUAACGGAACAGAAAUAACAGGUCUUGCGCAUUUUUUUACAGGAUGUUUGUCAUAACUGAAAGGACUGUGCGCUGUGUUUGUAUUCCGUUCCUGGCUAUUUCCGACUGCUCCCGGUGUGUUGCCUAGUUUGCCGGUUGCGUGGAAACUAGAAGCACUGCUGAGCGGCGAUGGGUGCAUUUCCAACCCCACUGUAGCCUAUUGCAUUCGCGAAGCUUUUGGAGAAGUGAGCGGAAUGCGUAGUGCGACGGGGAAAGACUGUGAAAAUACCAAUUUCUGCUUCCCCCGAUUCCUCGGAACAGUUUCAAGAAGGUAAAAUAAUAAGGAUUGGUCGUUUCACAAGCGACUCUAUACCAACACAGAAAGGAAUGGAAAGCAAGAACAUAUAGGCGAGAAAUUGAACCUGAGCAGAGAGGCUGGGAAGACGCACGAAGCAAGGAUGAACUUUCUUUUGUUAAAUCGGGUCAACUUCUUUUUACUGUCAGACUUCAUCUUUUUCCGCAUUACGAUGUUCUCUCUGAAUAUAUUCACUUAACUUACCUGAUAAUAACGUAUGUAAAGGAGCGAAAACUCUUUUUGACAGCAGCAUCCUGCUACGAAGUGAUCCGUCGGUUGCCACCAACCCAACCCAAAGCGCACGCUGCGCUAUCUGUUGGGAGCUGGGAAUGGGAGCGGUGUUUAGCCUGUAAUGUGCCAUAGUUGAACGACAAACUUAGUAUGAAUAUGGAUGCUGUGCUUAUGUUCUCUUGAGAAAAUUUAUACCAGGAAGGCUAUUCCUAUUUGCAAGUGGUUUUGCUGGAAGAAAAAAGGACCCCUGGCCGUGAGAGCCUGUUGCUCUGGUCAGAAAUUCUGGAAAGAUAAGCUGCAAGCUAUCAUUGCUACCGCCACCAGCUGCUCCAAGAGCUGCUACUGCUCGCAGAGCGAGGCCGGGGGCAAGACCGUGCGCUGCAGCAACCUGCGGCUGACGGAGAUCCCCCAGGACAUCCCUAACGACACCCGCCGCCUCUACUUGGACUUCAACCUCCUGACCGCAGUCCCCGCCAACGCCUUCCUGCAGCUGCGCCAGCUCAGGGAGCUGGACCUCUCGCACAACGAGCUGGCGCAGCUGGAGCCGGAGGCCUUCAAGGGUCUGGCCGGCUCCCUGCAGUUCCUGGACCUCUCCUCCAACAAACUCAUGACCCUCAACCCGGACGCGUUCAUGGGCGUUCGCGCGCGGGCCAACCUCACCCACAACCCCUGGCACUGCGACUGCAACCUGCAGAACGUGAUGCCCCGCAUGAGCCUGGAGACCGCCUCGCUGGCCGGCAUCGUGUGCCAGACGGCCGACCCCGAGGACGCCGGAGCCCAGGGCACCCCCUUCCUGCUGACCAAGGACCUGGACCUGUGCGCGGUGCUGAAGAAGACCACCGACGUGGCCAUGCUGGUGACCAUGUUCGGCUGGUUCACCAUGGUCAUCUCCUACCUGGUCUACUACGUGCGGCACAACCAGGAGGACGCCCGCCGCCACCUGGAGUACCUCAAGUCCCUGCCCAGCAAGCAGGGGAAGUCAGAGGAGUCUUCCACCAUAAGCACUGUAGUGUGAGGCCAAGGGACCUUGGAGGAGGCCCAAGGUUAGGGCACCUGGUGGUUUAGGCUGCCACCGGGGUUCUAGGCCUGGACUCAACCGCAGCAGCUAGGGACAGCUUUCGCCAAAUGUCAUUUUUCUCCUGUGCAAUUUGGGAGAUAUGGUUGCUGGAGGACUUGCUUUGACAGAGUCUUGGGCUGUCUAAUUCAGAUUAAUAAUUCAUUCCUAAGUAAUCUACCAAUUGCCUGUGUUAGCCGAGUGAGUUGCCUGCUGCAUGCGUUUGCGGAACGAAAGUCAAGUCCUUGAAAAUCUUAACCAAAGGCAUUUUCUUUUAAAACAAAAUGUGCCCUCUGUUAAAGAAACUGUUGGAAGACAGUUGCAGUUUCCUUAGUCACAUCAAACAGCAAUAAGAUGUCAUCCACAGGAGAAAAGAAGGCUGAUGUAAUUGCGUUGGUAGUGUCAGUAAUCCCCUUUGUCUAAACAUGUUUUCACAAAACAUGUCCGAGCAGUAUUUUAAGAAAAUGAGUUGUUACGACACUAACAUGUUCUACAGCUUGUCUUUGCAAUUGUUUUUUUGGGCUCAUUUAAAUGUUUUGUUUUUGCCACUUUUAAUGUAAGCAUUCCCAAUACAUUUUCCUAAAAAAAAAAAUCUGUUCUGUAUUUGUAAAUUGUUUGAACUGGCCAUACAGUUAAAGUAAGUGGACUAUUGUUUUGAGGAAGCCAAAGUGUGUCGAAGGCAGUGCGCACUCUACGUGUGGAUCAGAACAUUUUGACCUGCCUGAAUAGAAAUUAUAUGACUAGACUAGAUAAUAAAUGAAUAGAAAUAGAAAAUAUGCCUGGCUUCAGAAAAUACGCAGAGAAUAGAGCGUCUAGUGAUUUCCUAAAUAACACCUCCCCUCACAUAUUUCAAAUAUUUGAAUUGAAAAUUCCUGUUCCUUAAUAACAUUUCCAACAUCAGUGUCCUCAGGCGUGUGCCACAGAACAUGCUAAGAACACGUUAAAAGCCGUAUAUAUCAAAGCACCCCACUGAAACCAAAUAUUUUUGGGUGCUCUGACAGGCAUUUUGUUUUUUGCAAAACCAUACAUCAGCUUUAGAGCUUUAGGCACAGGUUGUAGUGAAUAUAGCUUUUGAGUAGGCAUAGCUUUCCCUCUCUGUGGGUCUUGUUUCCCAGGCGUAACUGAGAUAAAUUCUCGCUUGUGUCUCAGAUAUGCUUGCGCAGAGCUGUUUGGGAUAUUAGACCAUGCCAGUGGGUUUUUACUGCCGGCUCUGUUUGUGACACCAGACUGCUAUUAAAUAUAUAAUGCUCUCACCCAUUCCUGUGGACAGAAAACCCUUUCAGCACAGUCUUGGGCCAGAUUUGUUCUAAGUGCUUGAGCUAGAACGAGACUUCUGAACAGGAAACCACUCCCAGCUCAAUUAGGCCUGUUUUUCUCACUGUGCCCACAGAAUGUGCUUAGAACGAGUAUGACCUACUCAGUUAAACUAAGAAAGUCAACACAGAUAAGGAUCAGCAAGACCUUGGCACAGGAUACUGAAGUUAAGGGUCAUUCCUCUUUGCCAUUGGUAUCAUUUCACCCUUGUAACUUGAGAGUCCACUGGGAGCUCAAGCCCAGAAACCAGUGUUGCAUCAUUAUUGAUCUGUUCGUCAUAUAGACUUAUACAUGUGUAAGAAAAAAUUUACUGGGUGAACCUUUGCACUGAUACACGCACUCACAUAAUUAGUCACAGGGUGAAAUAUGGCAGCAUUGCGUGAUGUAGUACUGUGAUGUCCCAGUAAUUUCAAGUGAGGGUUUGCACCUGACAGAUGAGGUCCCUCGACAGUUGUCUGGGAGCAGCCCUUUGCUCCACUGUGACACCGAAACCAGAAACACGCUCUGGGA